GGGCGCCGCCCCCUUCGCGCGCUGCUGCCGGCGGCUGAGGGCCCGGGGCUCUGGGCCUGCUCGCCCCGGGGGCCGCUCGCCCCCGCCCCCGCCCCGCGGCCUGUGGAAACCGCGAGGAAGCCAAUGGCGGCCCCCGAGUCUGGGCGAGGCCGCAUUGCCCCUUGGGCUGAAGAGGGGCGGCGAUGCCUGGGGCUCCCCGUGCCUCUCCUCGCUGCCUUGGCUUCUCCGGCCUCACCCGCAGCCGGGCUGGGCGCCACGGGCCUGCCAGGCCACUCGGGGGGAUAACGGGCCUCCCCGAAUGAGGGUCACGCAAUACCGGGCUGAGUCUGAGGCGUGUGGGACACGGCGCUACAACUGACACAGAGGCCUCUGGUCCCCUUGGCUGAGGUGACGGGGAUGUUCGGCUGGUAGCGGAGCUCUAAUUGGAGAGUUGUUCUGCAUUUCACACUGUCUGAGAUCGCUGAGCUUAGGUCUUUCUGUCUAGGAAGGAGUUGAAGCUGGAAAUCCGAGCAUCAGCAUUUACAGCGUGACAUGUAACCCUGAGGGGAAAAACCUGAUAUGUAAGGCUCAACAGCAGCCGAAGCGCUGUACAGCUGGGAUCCUGGAGCAUUACAGUAUUGACAGCUUGAUAUGUCUCUGUUAAUGAGUAGUUUUUGAGUUCAGUCCACACCAGUUACGGAACUUCCAAAACAGCGUGCCGUUGCUAAUCAUUAUUCUGGAAGCUGCUUUCAUCAUCCUCUUUUACUUUUUUGACAUAGAUAAUGAUGAUUCACCCCUAUCAGGCAUCUCCUACCCAGCUUUUCAAGAUGUCAGCCACAUGAUGAUUUUUGGAUUUGGCUUUUACCUGACAUUUCUGAAAAGAUACGGGUUUAGCAGCACCGGCUUCAACCUCCUGAUCAUUGUAAUUGGUGUCCAAUGCUCCAUGCUGAUAGAAGGUGUAUUAGUUUCCUUUCUUCCAAACAAAAUCGAGGAUAGACUGAAAAGAAGAACGGCUGUUGUGAGUACGACUGCUGUGGUCAUCUCUUCUGCAGCUGUUCUUGGGAAGACUAAUCCUGUGCAAUUAAUUGUGAUGACAGUUGUGGAGGUAAUGGUUUUCUGGAUGAACAGAUGGAUCAACACCAAAUUCCUGCAGAAUCCAGACAAUAUCAGCAUGAUGCAUGUUCACCUGUUUGGAGCCUACUUCGGUCUGGCAGUCUCCUCACGUUUCUCUGAGCCAUCACCAAGGUCUGAGAAGAAUGGGAGUACCCCGAAGUCGGAUUUAUUGUCAAUGUUGGGUACGCUCUUUCUCUGGGUAUUCUGGCCAAGCUUCAAUUCUGUACUGGCUGCGGACAGCAAGGGCAAAGCAAUCUACAACACCUACUUUGCCCUUGCAGUGAGUGCUGUAACUGCCUUCGUGUUGUCUGUUCUGACCACAAAGGACGGAAAAUUCAGAAUGAGUCACAUCCGCAGUGCAGUGCUAGCUGGUGGGGUCGCUGUUGGUUAUGCAGCACACAGUAUCGAGUAUCCUUGGAUUGCAAUGAUUUUGGGUCUGCUUGCCAGUGUGAUAACCAUAUUAGGAUCUUACUGUUUACAGAGAUGCUUCCAUGCUACUCUCGAGAUUCACGAUUCCUCUGGAGUUCAUUUCACUUUUGGCUUGCCUGCUGUGCUUGGAGCUGUUGCCCAGGUCAUUCUCUUUGUAAUAAAAAACUGGACUAAUUUACCAAGCCUGCAUUUUUUUGUCGUGAUUCACAUUGGUGCCUUCUGCUUCACCAUCAGUGUUGCCUUGGUAACAGGUUUUAUUACAGGUUUAAUCUUAAACCUCAAACUUUUUAAGACCACCCCCGUCUCAAAGUACUUUGAAGACCAGUUUUAUUGGGAGUUUCCCCAUCUGAGUGUUGGAUUUUGAAUGGAGGAACCCAGGUGAGAGAUUUGACCGAGAUGAGCUUUUCCUAUUUGUCACAAGAGAAACGGAAUAGCUACGAUGGGUUGGAAACGCAACGAAGUGUCAAUUCUCAGGCUCAAAAAAAGCCAUCCCGGUGGGCACACCAAAA